AUGCCCAGUCUACCUGCUGUCAACCCCCCAGUCACCUCCGCCCUCCCCUCCGAUUCCUUCCAGCUCCUGGCCGAAACACAGAAGCCUGGUUCCGCUGAAGAUGCUCUGUACGAGCAGCAGAUCAAGGAUGUAGAGGCAUGGUGGGCGUCGCCCAGGUACAAAGGCAUCAAGCGCCCUUACACGGCAGCGGACAUUGUGUCCAAGCGUGGCUCCCUCCAGCAGAGUUACCCGAGCUCCGUCAUGGCCAGGAAGCUAUGGGAUCUGAUUCAAGAGCGAGAGAGCAAGGGCGAGCCUAUACAUACAAUGGGCGCAAUCGAUCCCGUACAAAUGACACAACAGGCUCCUCACCAGGAGGUUCUCUACCUCUCUGGCUGGGCGUGCUCCUCCGUCCUCACGUCGACAAAUGAAGUCUCUCCCGACUUUGGCGAUUACCCCUACAACACUGUGCCCAACCAGGUCCAGCGCAUGUUCAAGGCCCAGUCCAUGCAUGACCGCAAGCAGUGGGAUGCGCGCCGGAAGCUAUCCCCUGAGCAGCGGGCUUCUACACCAUACACUGACUACUUCCGUCCCAUCAUUGCCGACGGUGACACUGGACACGGCGGCCUAACCGCCGUUCUGAAGCUGGCCAAGCUCUUCGCAGAGAACGGUGCUGCAGCCGUGCACUUCGAGGACCAGCUGCACGGCGGCAAGAAGUGCGGCCAUCUGGCUGGCAAGGUCUUGGUCCCCGUGGGCGAGCAUAUCAACCGUCUGGUGGCCGCCCGCUUCCAGUGGGAUGUCAUGGGUGCCGAGAACCUCGUCAUUGCCCGCACAGAUUCCGAAUCCGGCAAGCUACUCAGCAGCGCCAUCGAUGUGCGCGACCACGAGUUCAUCCUCGGUGUCACAGACCCGAGCAUCGAACCUCUGGCCGAGACGCUGCAGGAGAUGGAGGCUAAGGGAGCCGCGGGACCGGAGAUUGAUGCCUACGAGGCAAGAUGGGUCAAGGGCGCCAAGCUGGUGACCUUCGACGAGGCUGCCGUUGCACACUUGCAGGCCGAGGGCGUCUCCGCUGACAAGAUCGCCGAGUACCAGAAGACUGUCGUAGAGAACCGCGACAUGGGCAUCACCGCCCGCCGGGCGCUGGCGAGCAAGUACACUCCCGGCAAGGAGGUCUACUUCUCGUGGGACGUCCCGCGCACCCGCGAGGGCUUCUACCACUACCGCGCCGGCAUGGAGGCGGCCACAAAGCGUGCGCUGGCCUUUGGGCCGUACGCCGACCUGCUGUGGGUAGAGACGGGCGACCCGAACGUCGAGGUCGCAGCCAAGCUCGGCCGCACCGUGCGCGCCGUGUACCCGCACAAGGGCCUCGUGUACAACCUGUCGCCGUCCUUCAACUGGAUGGCGCACGGCUUCACCCCGGAGACGCUCAAGUCGUUCAUCUGGGACAUUGCCCGCGAGGGCUUCGUCGUCCAGCUCAUCUCGCUGGCCGGCCUGCACAGCACCGCGACCAUCAGCAGCGAGCUGGCGCGCUCCUUCAAGGACGAGGGCAUGCUGGCGUACGUCAACCUGGUGCAGCGCCGCGAGAAGGAGCUGGGCGUCGACGUGCUCACGCAUCAGAAGUGGAGCGGCGCGCAGUACAUGGACGGCAUCGUGGGCGCCAUCCAGAGCGGCUCUAGUAGCAAUAAGAGCAUGGGCGAGGGUAACACCGAAGGCCAGUUCUAA